AUGGUCAACAAACGGGUGCUCGUCGGCUAUGGCAUUGACGUGGACGCCGUGUCGAAUCAUAUCAACACCACACAUGGUGGAAAGCCGAAUCUGAUGAAUAUUUCCCGUGGUGUCUUUGGAGCAACUCGUGGAGUCGAGCGGUUGCUCAAGCUGUACGAGCGGAAAGGCAUCAAGGCUUCGUGGUAUAUCCCAGGCCACUCGAUUGAGACCUUUCCCGAGGAAAUGGCCAAGAUCAGGGACACCGGACAUGAGAUAGGUCUACACGGAUACACGCACGAAUUUCCCUCCGACCUUUCGCGAGAGCAACUCGAAACCAUCCUAGUCAAGACCAUCGACAUCCUGACCAACUUCUGCCACGGCGAGAAACCGAAAGGAUUCACUGCCCCUGCUUGGAAAAACAGUCCUGACCAGAUUGAAUUGUUGGAAAAGUUGGGUAUUGGAUACGACCACUCAUUCAUGCAUGACGACUUCCAGGCGUACUAUGCCUCGACCGGACGAGAUGAAGUCGUCUUGACCGAUUAUGCAAAAGAGCCGACCGAAUGGAUGGUCCCCAUGAAACAUGCCCAGAAGACCGGGGUGGUGGAGAUUCCUGCUUCCUGGACUCUCGACGACUGGCCGCCUUUGCAGUACAUGCCUGACCGACCAAACAGCGUAAGCUUGUCUUGA